AGAGAAGAUGCGAUAGCUUCUCUCUUAUUCAACAGAGAAGGCCUAGGAACUAGUGAAGUCCAAGAUGGCUGCCCACAAAGAAGAUCUUGUUAGCACUCUUGAAUCUUCACUUCAGGUGAAACCUUAAGGAAUUCUGCCUUUCCUAAAUUGUUCCUUUUGAAAUGUUUGUUGAGCCAUUAGGUUUUCUUUCAGGCUUGUGUAUCACUUCUUCUUGUCACCGACAACGUCGAGAAGGAAGGAGAGAAGACUAAUAUCAACAAAAGCGGUGAGAUUUAUUUCAAAUUUAAACCCCCAUAAUUUCGAUUUGAUAGUGUCGGAUGCACGACAAAGUAGCUAAGGUAUCCAAUUUAAUUAAGUAUUCUACUAUAUCUGCAGGUAAAUCAAUAGGUUGUUAUGCGGAAAACACUUGUUCUUGUCACAUCAAAUUCGCUGUGUCUGUGUGUCUGGCAGCCGGACAGGUUUUUAAAAUACUCCGUGCCUGAUGACCGUGCCCGGCAGUCGGAAAUAACUCAUGCAAGCGUAAUGAAAGUAUCUGAUGCUUGGUUAAAAAAUACCAAGUGAUUAAAGAAAAACUAUGGGUAAAGUUUCCGCACAGCCUUAUAUUAUUGUAAAACAAAUCUGUUUUCCCAACGGAAAUGUAUUGUUUUUGUUAUUGUUUUCUCUGUUUAAGAACUGAAUGCAUAAUGUAGGAUGUGGCUGUGCGGAAAUUUUACCAAACUAUGAUACAGAAAAUUUAUUGACUAAUUAUAAGAAACCAAUGGAAGUACUUCUUUAAACGUUUCCAACUGCCGAGCAUGGAGUAAAAAACCAGUCCGGCUGCCAAACAUAUAGACCCUUCCAAUCAGACUUUUUCUCUGCGCUUCAAUUGUUUUCAAUAUUUGUGAAUAAUUUUCGUAUUUACAGCAUUGUUUUGUGGUUCUGCAUCCUGUUUGAUUUUAUCAUAAACUUAACUUAGUUUUGGUUUUUUUCUUUGUUCCUGUUCUAGGCAUUGAAGCUAGCAUUACAAAGUUCCUUGAUGCUGCAAAAGCUGUGGAAGCUGAUUUUCUUAGGAAGCAAAUGUACAGCCGUGUACAUCAUCCCAGAGAAGUCACACAAGAUGUAAGAGUGGCUGAGAAUUUAUCUUUUUACUUGCUGCUUUUCCAUGAAUGAGCCUUGCCUUGAGAUGUUUUUGUUAGGAGACCUAAUCCACUGUGCAUUGCUUGAUUUAGAAUUUUCUUGAGUGGGAGGGGGGUACUUGGGUCAAUUUUUGUUGGUUAUCUGCUGUUGGCCUCUUAGAACAAUUUUUGCAAUUCCAACUUAGUUACUGUCUGUUCAAGCAUCUCCAACAGCGGGAAAUACAGUAAUAACAUUUUACUUAAAAUCCCUACAGACCAGAAUUUUCUUACCCCCAAAAUUCUGAAAAUUUGGGACCCCAGUCUAGUAACUCAUCCCUGUCAGUGUUUGGCUUUGCAUGAUGGGACUAUUUUUUGUGUUUAAAACUGUUUUUUUUUUUUCAUCUUAAAUUUUGUUUUUGAGUCUACUGAGCUGUGUGCAUCUGUAUAUAUAAUGACAACUUUUGCUCAAUAAUAAAUUGUGUGUAUAUGUGUGUAUUUAAUAUGGAGAGGUUUUGUGUAUGUGUGUGAUGUAGUACAUGUAACAUACUGACCUAAUAAUUUAUAAAGAUCUAAAUGCAUACUGGCACCCAGUCUUGUAAACUCCAAGGUACAUGUAAUCAGCAUCGAAAAAGGGCUUUGAAACAGGCUAUUCCAGAGCUGAUCAAAAUACAUUUCGCAUUUCCUGGUUUUUAAUUGAGCUUCAAAAUAAUUAAUAUUCACAUUUUCUGUUUGAAAUAGUACAGAGUUGCUAGUUCUUAGAACAAGAAAAGGUAGAGGGAGGCUUAUAUUGGAGGGGGGGGGGAGAGAGGAAGGAGAGGGGGCUUAAGAUUCAGUGUAUUUUUUGUCUACGGGUAGACUGGCGGAUGGGCAAUUUAUGAAAUCUUUAAAUAUCAACUUCUUGCCACAAGUCUGUCAGACGAGGAGGUUUUUCUAACCCCAAAAUAAAAAAGAUGUGUGACCUUAUUCUAGUGACUCUAUUGACAAUGCAACCCCAUUAGAGUUAAUUAAUCCAGUUGUGAAAAUGCAAUCCUAUCCAGCAGCACAUCCUAAUUAGCUUGUAUCUCUAAAUAUCAACUUCUUGCCACAAGUCUCUGUUAGACAAGAAGGUUUACAUUGUUUGGAUCACUCUUCACCCUCUGUGGUAUGACAAGGGUGUCUGAUAUUUGUCAUUUCUUUUGAAAUGUCUUUAUUUUUCAUUAUGCUCUUUAGGAAGUAGACAAAAUGAGAGCUGAGUUAGCACAAAAAGAGGAACUGCUGACAAGAACAAAAGAAAAAGUUGCUUCAGGGGCAAAUGUUCUCCAAGAUCUUGAAACAAAACAGACAAGACUUCAGUUGGUGGACAUAAUACCUCAAAGAACUGUAUCAGUAGAUCCAUACUCUUUUGAUACAUCAAGGAAAUAGUUUUUUUGUAAAAUUGUAAAUUUGGUUAGCUAUGGUAUUGGAUAUUAAAUGUACAGAAUUUAGUAAUAUUGGUUAUGCUGUAAUUUUCUUGGGACAAGCACAAGAGAUAGAGAUAUGGGUUAACCCUUUAACUCUCAGAUCAAAUUUUUAAUUCUCCUUGCUAUCAACCAUACAAUUCUUAUAAUGUUAGUUCAGAGAAUUAAGUAUUAGAUCAGCUAACUAUCCCCAAAUUGAUAUUUUUCUUUAUUCUCAUCACUAAUCUGGUUGAUAUUGUAUUGAUAUUGUAAGGAGAAAUUAUGUCUUGGUCACACAUGGGAGUUAAAGAGUUCAUGUAUUUUUUUUCCAGGGACAAAAAAGAUGUAUAAACAUUCUUAAAAAGAAUAAGCUGUUUGAAAGCUUCUGACACUGUUUAAAUAUAUGCUUAACUUCCCAGUUUGUCUAAGAGUUCCAAAAUACAGAAUAAAUAAUGUGGUCUUUUUUACAAUCUCCUUAACAUCCAGGUGAAACAUACAUUUGAAUUUCUUACCACGAAGAGGUAUAUCAACAAAGUAGAAAGUAAUUUUAAGCACG